AUGACAACGCGAUCUCGAACAUCUGCAAUACUCGGCCAGAUCCGUGCCAUGAGUGAAACGUCUAAGACCAUAUUUUUUGGGCCCUAUGAGGUGACUGAUCAGGUGUUCCACGAGGCAUCUCUAUGCUAUGCCUUGGUCAACAUAAAGCCUAUACUUCCUGGCCAUGUUCUUGUUAUUCCAUACAGACAAGUUCAACGUUUAACAGACCUCACUGAGGCUGAGGUAACCAACAUCUUUACAACCGUGCAAAAAGUACAAAAGAUGCUAGCAAAAAGAUAUUUCUGUGUACAUGGACAAGCACAUGCAAACCCUGAAGACGGUAGCUUCAACAUUGCAAUACAGGAUGGAAAAGAAUCAGGUCAGACUGUGCCACAUGUUCAUUGUCAUGUGAUUCCACGACCCAAAGAUGACACACUGGGAGACGAGAUUUAUCAAAAGCUACAAGGGGAAGAGGGAAAUGUUGGAGGCGGCUUCUAUGACGUCAAUCGACCCAAACAGUUUGGUCAAUUUCCUCCACAUGUCGACGCCAAUCGAAUACCGCGGACAAAAGAAGAAAUGCAGUGUGAAGCCCUAAUUUUCAAAAAAGAAAUGGCUUCGGAAGAAAAGUAG